AUGGGAAAAGCCGGAGAGGGAGGCUGCAUGUUGAACCUGCUGAAUCUGGCAGCUUUCCUUGUGAACUUGGGCAUCACCUAUGGAUCCUUGACCGGGGCCUUUGGGCCAACAAACAGCAGCCUGAGCGCCAAGUACCACACUCUCAUCACGCCAUCAGGAUUUGCUUUCUCCAUUUGGGGCCCCAUCUUCAUUUGGGAGGGCGUCUUCGCUGUGGCGCAAAUGUUCCCGUCCUAUCGUGGGAGCAUGUUGGUGAAAACCAUAACCCCGUGGUGGCUGAGCGCGUGCCUCUUCCAGUGUGCUUGGACUCUCUUCUUCGCGCAGGAGAUCAUGAUUGGGGCCAUGACCUGCAUGGCAGGCAUCCUGAUCUCACUCAUGGUGGGCAUUUUGCGACUGGAUUUCCUUGAAGAGAUGUCCACCUCCGAAUAUUGGCUUCUGCGCGCACCUUUCUCGCUCCACUGUGGCUGGAUUGUGGCGGCCACUUCUUUGAACAUUUGCGUGGUUGCAGACUACUACAAGGGUCCUCCGGAAGUGAUGCUGGCACUGGCCAUGUUCUGCUUCGCUGGCAUAGCUGUGAUUGUCACAGUGUUCACCUUCGCCAGCCCCAAAGCCGAUCCCAUCAUCGCACUUGUGGGCUGCUGGGCAUUGCUCGGCAUGGUCUCGGAGUUGACGGACGCGGAGAAGCUGCGCGAUGCGACUGUGCGUUGGAACUACUUUGACUGGCCACAGUACGUGAUCAGCGCAGUUCGCAUUACCGCCUUCCUCCUCAGUCUGCUGUGCAUUGUGGCAGCCACGGAUGGCACCUGCGGCUACAUCCGGCGCGAUGCGGCUGUGAUUCAUCUGACAAAGACUGACAGCAUCCCACCCGCAUGCUGUGCGUAUGCUCAUAUGACCAGCUCCAAUGUGCAAUCGCCAACCUACUCCAAAGCUGCGUCCCUGCUGUGGCUGCAGGGGGCCAAAGACCUACCAGCCAGCGCGAGAGUGAGAGGCCUCAACAGUGCAGCACGCGCUGGACUGGGCACUUUCCAGGAGAAGAAUCCUGGAGUUGACGCCAGCACACCAAGAAUAUUCCAGAAAGUUGGAGGAGGGGCCUUCAUCUACCGGUUGGGUCCAGAUCGCUGGUGCUUGGGCCCUGAGCUGUAUGGUGAGGAGAUCAUCUGGGCCUGGUUCACUUGUCCCGAGGUGGUGCUGCCAAGCAGUAAUGAACACGCCUGGGAAUCGAAUUAUGGCAGACCAGAGGUCUACAUCACCAGGUCCAGCAUUUUCAUCAUCCAAGGCGUCGGUCUGCGAGCAGCAGACUUGGAUGACAACUCCAACCCGUAUGUGGUGUGCAAAAUUUCUGGCAAGCCACACCUGGGCUUUCGGACGCAAACGAGGUUCAAGAGCUUGGACCCAGUUUGGCACGAGUGGAUCGAUCUGGAAGGAUUGGAACUCGGUGACAGCAUGCACUUCAAGGUUUUCAGUCAGGAAGACAAGAAGGAUGACGAAUUUCUCGGAGAGGCCAAGAUCGUGGUAACACCUGCUGGAUGGGAUGGCGGUGUCACCUUGAUGCUGCGUGGGCGCAAGGCCGGCACGCUGAGACUGGAACUCACCGUGCCGCCUGUCGUCCAGGAAGCGACGGCAACGAAAAAGCAGGUCAUGGCGUUCGACAGUGCCAAUCCUCGGGAGGUGGUGCAUUGCAUGACGUGGGGAACUGUCCACGAGUCCCUUCAAGCCGUCGUCUCGAUGGAGUCGCUUUUGACUUCAGAUGAUGUGCGCGCGCGCUUCGUGGCGGCUGGCGCUGUUCAGCCCUUGGUGGCGAUGCUGUCGGACGUUUCCUUGGAUGUCAGAUGCAAGGCAGCCAAAGCUCUUGCAAAUCUCGGACGCUGUGCAGUUGGAAAGCGAAUUCUCGUCACCACAGGCGGUGUUGAGGCCGUAAUGAAGCUCGUCACGACAGACGACCCGGAAUGCCAAGAGGCUGCGAUGGCUGUACUCGUACAUGUGGCGGCCGGAGAGAAGGCUCGCGAAGAGCUGAUCGCUGGAGGCGUACCUCCGCACCUGACAGCCCUGCUGGACAGCAGCUCACCGACAAGCCUUGCUCAUGCAGUACGUCUGCUGGGGUAUUUGGCAGCAAAUCAGGCGGUAGCUUCGAUGCUCUUCGAGGGCUUUCUCGGCAAAUUGCUCGCUCUCCUGCACAGCGGUUAUCCCGACGAGGUCAAUUUGCCGGCAGCCUUUGCCAUAGCUCAGCUGGCCUGCACAGAUUUAAGGAGAAGGGCACUUGUUGAGGCACACAUCGUGCAAAAGACAUUGCGUUUGCUCAAUGAGGGGAGCCACGACUGCAAGGCUGAGGCUGCUGCCGUCCUGGCGGCCCUGGCCGAGACCAAAGACAAGCGCACCUUCAAGAAGAUCACGGGACACCUGCUAGACGCUGGAGUUCUGACUCCAAUUCUUGCGAUGCUGAGCUCCAGCCACGAAGCGUGCAGCCAUCGCGCAGAACGAGUCCUCCUCCUCUUCGCUGCCACGGCGCGCAGCGCACAGGAGGUGCUGACGGAAGGCGCCGUGACCUCGUCACAGCGUCAUGUCCAGUAA